AUGUCAGUGUGUCAAACGAAUCCUUUGAACACUCUUGUUUCGAAGUCUGGUUAUAGGUUCGGACAGCCGAAUCAGCACCAACAGAGCAUCGCACAGCAGCAGAGCAGACCAAGAAAUAAUGCACUAGACCACCAGUUCUCUCAGUUUACUGGUGCCUCGGGUCCCAGUUUCGCUCAUCCACAGCAUCAACAGCUGCCUAUGGCAGCUGUUGUUGCUAACGCUACUACUGCAGCCAGUACUACUAGUAAUACUGCUACAGCCUCUGAUCACCAUGUUUGGAUCGAUCAGUUCGCAAACAUGCAGGUGCACGACAAGACCGAGUUCCCAACAGAUUAUAAACAGAUGUAUUCGCAGUACGAGGCGCGUGGCGCCUCGUACUCCAUGGGUGCACCGGUGAUGGUGUCCCAUUCACAAAUGUUCCCGCGUCAUCAGCAAUCUCUGAUGGUGAACCAACUCGAGUCACAAGCGUAUGCCAGUAGUAGCGCGAAGCUCGAUGAACAAUUUGCUGAACUGGAAAGACAAGUGCAAGACGAUGAAAAAGAACAGCAACAGGACAAGGAUGACGAUUUCCAUCUCAAAGAAACGUCUCCUCUAGACGAAGAUCAACGCCAAUUAAAAGAAGCAGCCCAAUCCAUUUACACAACUCUUUCAGAUAAAUCAUCUACAACUAGUUCGAAAUUUUCGAACUCCAAGUUCCUUGGACUCAUGAGAAAUAUCAGCGAUGGUGUAAUAACUCUGAAAAAGAACCCAGAUGAGGAUAAAUAUACGGAAUUAUAUUCUCCUUCUACCGGUGAAACUUUUGGCGAAGAGUAUUUCCCAGUGCAGGAUAGUGUUUUAGGCGACCCCUUGGACUCCAUUGGUGACUUAUCUAAUAUGAGUUCAUCGGAAGCCGCUGCAAAAGUGUACCAUAACUCCGUUUGA